AGCCUUACACAGUAUAAUACGUGCUAUGUAGCAACUAGUAUUGCCGAAAGUGUCGUGCGGCAUUUCCAAGCGUAAGCACACGAUCCAGUCAUUUGCCACAAACUGACGCAACUGACACAACACCAACUUUCGGCCAUGGUGCUCACCGGAAAUGGCAGCAAUGACGUCCAAGACCAGUGCUGGUGCUCCCAGCUUAGACGACUUGAUGAAGCGGCGACGGGAGGUUUGCACAGAGUUUGAGUCACAGCCCUUGGCCACAACGGCGGAUGCCACUUGCGCUGUGCAAUCCGGCUACAGCAAUGGUCAUAAAAUCAUUGAUGGCCGAAGGCAGCCCACCAGCGACACAGAGCUGCAGUCCCUGCUGUCUGAGCGGCGCGACCGGUGUGAGGUCUUGGAGAGUAGUCCGCAGCCUGGGGUGGCGGAUGCGCUUUGGAAUAAGGCUGCGCCAAACUUGGAGGACUGCCCUCGCGAGUUCAGCGAGUUCGGCGCCCGCGUGAAGGGCUUCGACCGGCGACAAGAGCUGGACCUCAAGCCAAAGGAAUCAUCCGAUAAAGCCAGCACUGUUGCUCAAGAAGCCUGGGCGGACCUACAGGCUCAGACUGCGCCUGGGGAAGUCAUGGCGUCAAAGGCACGCCAGGCAAGCCAGCACCUGCAGCAGCUGUUUGCCGAACAUGGUGCUUGUGCUGGAGUUCCGGCACCAAGCCAGUGCAGGAUGCUGGCGGCCGCCUUUGUGGAGAAGCAUAUGCGGUACCUCAGCUUUGAGACUGACCACUUGCUCGCCGUCAUCAAGAUGCUGAUGCGUUACCAUUAUCCUGAACAGCUCGCAGAUCUUCAGAGACGAGCUGACGCUCGGGAUGUUUUGGAGGCGGCUGACGCUGCGAUGCCUUCUCUGGAUAAUGUGAGUUGCACCCUGGGCCCGCUGCGAUUCCUUCUUGGGCAGGGGGUUGAACAGAAUGAGUCAGGCCCGAAUGUUUGCCUGCUGUGCAGCUUGGUGGUGCAGCAGCAGGGCGAAGUCAGCGAAGUCGGAAUGCUCUUUGUGCUGCUGGCAGCUCUUUCCGGCUUCCAGUGGGACGCGUGGGAUCCGGUCCGUCUGUGGGAGAAGGCUCAGGAGCUGCUUGCGGCGACUCCGCGGUCUGUGGUCGCCACGUUAGGCGAUGAGCGCGACAGGGCGCUUCGGACGCCCAUUUGCGCCGUGGCCCCGGAUGAGGUGCUGCAGCACGUUUUCGAGCGCCCGGCGGUGGAGUGGAAGCUCCUCGUGGUGGACCUCCGCCCGGAGGAGACGGCUGGCCUCCCAGUUUGCCUUCGUGUGAAAGGAGGGAGCUUGCCUGAACUUCUCCCGCGAGAUGAUGCCAUCCAUUUGUGCAUUGUUGAUGCCGCACCUCCGGAUCGGAUCCUGGAGGUUUGCUUUGACCUUGUGAAGGGAGGCAUUCCUCACGUGUCCGUAGUGGACGGCGGCUGGCGGGCUUUGGAGCAGCUUGUGACUGCGCUGGGGCUGGAGUUGAUGCCUGGCUGCGCUCCAGCGGAGCUUUCGAUCAGAGAGACAUUCGCGGGCGUCGCCGAGCAGGUGGCGUCCUUGGGGGUUUCGGCCUGGACCUCGUGGGCAAGUGGCACCAGUGGCACCAGCACAAGGCAUGAAGUUGACAUGGGGGAACUGCUCGACAUUUAAACUUUAAACCGCGGAAUUCAUGUUUCACCUGGUAGCACAGCCUCCUUUGCCUCGCCGCAUGGAAGGCUGCAGAGGGUGGGGGGGGAA